AUGGAAACUUAUGAUUAUGAAUUUACUGAAUUGGACAUCAAGAAGGCCUUGGAAGCCGAUCCACAAAACAGGGAGGUAAAGUCUAUUCACAAGACUUUAAAGCAACUUGAAGCUGAGAGUAACAAAAGAGAUGCUAAACUUUAUGCAAAUAUGUUUGCCCAAAUGGCUAACGAUUGUUCUAUACAAACUAAGAGAUUAAAGAUUGAGAAAGUGGAGAAGAAUGAGAAGGACGGUGUUAUGCGAAUGGAAUUGGAAAAAGGUGACAAUGAAAUGGCUGUUGAUUCAUCUUGA